AUGGCCUCGGUAUCAUACGGUGACGCGAAUUCGGGAUUGCAGGUGGGAGUCAAUCAAGGGUCGAUAUACGUGUCACAAGGUGGAUCUAGGACCUGCGAACAUAAUCCUGAGCGAUCGGAACCCCGCCCUGAACCUCUAUCGACGGUACCGUUCCCGCGCGACCCAGACUUUGUUGGCCGCAAUGAAACCCUUGGCCAAAUUCAUGAGAAAGCAUCGAUAGCAGGAUCUAGACUCGCUCUUGUUGGUCUUGGCGGCAUUGGGAAAACGCAGCUUGCCAUUGAAUACUGCCACCAGGUCCGACAGCGAACCGCCGACACAUGGAUUUUCUGGGUACAUGCAAGUAACGCGGCCCGCUGCGAGCAAAGUCUCCGAGACCUCGCCGAUCGAGUCAAGAUUCCAGGGAGCCAGGACCGCAACGCUAAUAUAUCUCAAGUCGUCGGCCACUGGUUACAGGACGGAAAAAUCGGGAAAUGGAUUCUUGUCCUGGAUAACGUCGACGAUGACGAGCUUCUUCGCAAGCCAUUAGCGAAAUCUUAA